CCACGCCAGGAUGCACCGCUCCUCUCUGAAAAAUCACAGAAAUGUUUCCGCCUGUUUGUCAUUACUGCCUUCUUGACUGCUGGAUGGCGCCGCCGCCGUUGCUGAUGUUUAAGUUUUGACCGUCUCUUCCGCGUCUUCUAACAGUGCGCUCGUUAAGGUGUGAUUUUUUUUUUUUUUUUUUUUUUUCCUCUUUACUUGGGAAGGCGGCUGGCGGUGAUCAUUUCGUGGCCACACGCAGUAUGCGAGCAGAGGGUCUGGAGGUUGGCGGAGACUGGGACUGAGUUGUCGGAGAUCUCGCUCAAGGCACGGCGCGCGUCUUUUCUUGGACACCUCGGAGAUCGUAACUGUUUGGGGGUCUGGGCUCUUUAGCCUGCGCUCUUUCCUUGGCACUGCGAUGUCCACAAGAAAGGCAUCGUUCACGGAGAAGCAGGCAAAAAACGGCACGUCAAAAUAUGUCUUGGAGAGAUGCGCUUCUAUUAACGAGUAUUAUGAUAUUGCCUUCAAGGUGAUGUUGCUGGGAGAUUCAGCCGUGGGGAAGACAUGCGUCUUGGUGCGCUUCAAAGAUGGGGCAUUUCUGGGAGGCAACUUUAUAGCCACCGUUGGAAUAGACUUUAGGAAUAAAGUGGUGGAUGUCGACAACCUGAAAGUCAAGCUACAGAUCUGGGAUACAGCCGGCCAAGAGAGAUUCCGCAGUGUAACGCACGCCUACUACAGAGAUGCCCAGGCAUUACUCCUGCUUUAUGAUAUCACCAGCAAGCCAUCAUUUGACAAUAUCAGGGCUUGGCUGACUGAAAUACACGAGCAUGCCCAGAAGGAUGUGGUCAUCAUGUUGCUCGGCAACAAGUCAGACAUGGCUGCAGAGAGGGUCGUGAAGAUGGAGGAUGGAGAGAAGCUGGCAAAGGAAUAUGGAGUACCCUUUAUGGAGACCAGUGCAAAGACAGGAGUCAAUGUGGACCUGGCUUUUCAUGCUAUAGCAAAGGAGCUGAAGCACAGAGCAACACAGCAGCCGAAUGAGCCCAAGUUCCAGAUACACGACUACAUUGAGUCUCAGAAGCACAAGACUGGCUGCUGCGGCCUGUAGUUGAUGCUGAUAAUCUGGCAGAGAGAGACACACAUAGAUAAAGAAACAUGGAGGGAGGGAGGGUAAACAAAAAAAAAAAAAGUCUGCUGUCUAUUAUGAAAGCCAAUCCCUGCACCAAAACCUGAGAAGUGGACGUCCUCUUCUUCUCCACCAAGCUUUCGACUGAAUGAAAGUGAAUCUGGAUUGGCUGCCAUCCCUUAUCUGAAAUGUGAAUUUAAACCUUUUAUGUCACGUGUAGAGAUAUUUGUGGUUUUUGUGGUGACAGUUGUAUCAAGCUACCAGUCAGGAGUUGCAGACUGUAAUGCUAUAUCCAUCUGCAGGCAUGGGGAAAAUGAAGAGAUUGUUGAUGUGGAUAUAGCAUUUUGCUGUGCAGCUCUUCGUUUGUUUAAUCUCAGUUUUACCAGGCUGUGAACAGAAUCCCUUUUUGGCCUUACAGUCUUUAUUCUUGGAGAUUUUAGUGAGUCUGAGUCUCACGGUGAGAUUGUAGCUAAAAUGAUCCCAUCUGUUCACAUGUGUACUGCUGUUAGAUAGAAUAAAGCCAACAUUUGGAGGGCAUUUACCCACACUGUGUCUGUCUGUACAUUCAAUUCAGGGCCAGUGAAACAUCAUCCCGAGUACUGUACAUGUAACUGUGCUGCAGCAUCACCCACCAAGCUACAUACAGUACAAUGAGAUUAUUCCUGCUGUUCCCUCCGCAUGCGGUUUGCCUUCUCACCACUCGCACACGGCAACAGCACAGCACUCCCAAACGUUGUUGUGUCCUCUUCGGUGAUGGAUGUCUGUGUGUAGACUGUAGCGAAGCUGUAUUUGUGCAUCACUUUUCUUUGUACAAUGUUCAUUAUGAAUGUUUGCUUGUCAGACUUGCUCUGUGUCACGUUUGUCCCUCUUGAGAGGUUGUCACAGUGAUCACAAAGUGCCAUGAAAAGUGCUUUGUUAUCAUACUAUCUAUAAAAAAAGUAUAUUUUGUAAUGUA